UAGUAACUCCCGGCAGUCGAAACUUCCAACAUGUCGAUCGAGCUACUGCUUCUUCUCGCUACGUUAGCGAUCGUCUUUUACAUCUGGCAGAGGCGGACCUUCUCCUUUUGGAAGCGCCAUGGCGUGAAAUACAUCAAUCCGCUGCCCGUUCUGGGCUGCACCCGUGAGUUUUUGACCGCACGAGUGCCGUUCUUCGAGCAGAUCAAAAAGUUCCACGAAGCCCCCGGUUUUGAAAACGAACCUUUCGUGGGCGUGUACAUGGCCUAUCGUCCGGCCCUAAUAAUUCGAGAUCUAGACCUAAUCAAGACGGUGAUGAUUAAGAAGUUUCAGUACUUUAACAAUCGUGUCCUGCAAACGGAUCCUCACAGCGACGCCCUUGGCUUCAACAACCUCUUCUUUGCUCGCAGUCCGGCGUGGAGGGAGCUGCGCACCAAAAUCUCUCCGGCUUUUACCACGGGCAAAUUAAAGCAAAUGUAUCCUCUGAUGGUGGAGAUUGGAAAGAACCUGGAGGCCAGCGCCGAACGCCUGGGCAGUGGAUCGUGCAUCCAGGUCAAGGACCUUUGCGCCCGUUUCACAACUGACCUGAUCGCCACCAUUGCCUUUGGACUGGAGGCAAACGCUCUGCAGAACGCCAAGAGCGAGUUCUUCUACCACAACAGGGCUAUUUUCUCGAUGACUUUAGGCCGGGUCAUUGACUUCGCCAUAAUAUUCAUGCUGCCCUCAUUGGCAUCGAUAGCACGCGUGAGACUCUUUUCAAAGGAAACCACCAAGUUCAUCCGUAAAAGCAUUAACUACGUCCUAACGGAACGCGAGAGGACUGGCCAAAAGCGGAACGAUCUGAUCGACAUCCUUUUGGCAUUGAAAAAGGAGGCUGCCGCCAAUCCGGAGAAGUAUCAGCAGGCCAUUGAUCUGGACUAUUUGGUGGCCCAGGCGGCCUUUUUUCAAACAGCCGGCUACGAAACCAGCUCGUCCACAAUGACGCUGACACUUUACGAGCUGGCCAGGAACGAGGAGUUGCAGGACCGUCUGCGGCAAGAGAUCACGGACUUUUUCGGCGACGAAGAUCAUGUUAGUUACGAGCGCAUUCAGGAGAUGCCCUACCUGUCUCAGGUUGUCAACGAAACACUGCGCAAGUAUCCAAUUGCGGGCUACGUAGAGCGAGAGUGCUCCCAGCCAGUGGAAGGAGAACGAUUCAACCUCGCUCCCUUCCACAAUAUGGAGCUGCCGGACGGAAUGUCCAUCUAUAUGUCCACUCUGGCCAUCCAUUGGGAUCCAAAGUACUGGCCGGAACCGGAGAAGUUUGACCCAGAACGCUUUAGUCCUGAAAACCGCAAUAACCUCAACAUGGACGCAUACAUGCCAUUCGGCGUGGGUCCGCGCAACUGCAUCGGCAUGCGAUUGGGUCUGCUGCAGUCAAAACUGGGUCUUGUGCAUCUUUUGCGUAAUCACCAGGUGCACAACUGCGACCAGACCAUCAAGAAAAUCGAGUGGGCUCCGACUAGCCCGGUUCUUGCAUCCAAGCAAGAAAUCGUCCUCCGGUUGGAAAAGGUUUCCGGUUAGUGGAAUUGACAAAGGAGUUUGUUGAUAACGUAGAUGCAUUGUAAAUAUUGUUGAUAUUAAAAGAACUGCAAUCCAAAGAAGCAA